GUGUGCAUAGUGAACCAAAUUACACUUUGCACUUUUAGACAGCAAACAGGAUAACCCCACUGAUAGCCUGCCACUGCAACAAUUUACUGGUAAACAUUAACCAUAGUUCUGAUAACCUAAAGAGGUUUUUAUAUGAUACCCUGUAUUGGCUUGCCAUGAAAGUGAAAGUAUAAGAGGAUGCUUUCCGGCUGAAGUCAGAGGCUGUUUGGGUCUUCAAGAUAAAGACAUGACAACGGAAAACGCAGACACAAUAAGGCAUGGAAUGAUGGACUUGUCUUUUGAGUACAGCAGAGAGCACAAACACAUAGGUAGAUGCCUCAUAAUAAACAAUGAACAUUUCAAUGGUCAGUCACGGAGGUUUGGCACAGAGGUGGAUGGCAACACACUGAGGAUGACAUUCCGAAUGCUGGGCUUCAGCGUGCGGAUGGAGAAAGAUCUAUGUGCGGCUGACAUGAGACGCGUUCUUCAGGAAGAGUCUGUGGAGGACCAUAGUGAGAUGUCCUGCUUUGUGUGUGUGCUGCUGAGUCAUGGAGACCAGGGGCUGCUGAUGGGGGCUGACGGAGCCUAUAUCUCCAUCCAGAGCCUGGCCUCCACCCUCACCUCCCACCACUGCCACAGCCUCCAGGGCAAGCCCAAACUCUUCUUCAUACAGGCCUGCAGGGGACAGCUGAUGGACUCUGGUGUGGAAACAGACUCUGUGGAACUUGAGGAGGAAGAGGAGUUUGCGGGGGUGUCAGAGGCCCUAGAGGAGGAUUUUCUGUGCUGCCACUCAACAAGCCCAGGCUACUUCUCUUGGAGACAUCAGUUGCAUGGAUCUGUUUUCAUCAGCUCUCUGUGCGACAUGCUGACUCGACAUAGGCGGCUGGAAUUAACCAAAAUCCUGACCAGGGUCAGUUGCCAUGUGGCCACAAGCUUCCAUUCUCAAACUGGUGAAAAGGAGAGUCAUGGAAAAAAACAAAUGCCCUGCAUUAUCUCCAGACUUACCAGGGAAUUCUACCUACAAAGAUGAGUCAUCGUUGCACUACUCCGCUGAACUGAUCUGAACUAAGCAUUUCACACUUAAACAUACAGAAAUAAAGCAUUAAAAAAAAAAACAACAAUCUUGAGUGCAAGAUAAGGGAACACGGAUAACAAAGAUGAUCCCAGAAAUUUGUUGUAGAUUUACCAGAGAGUCAUAAACCAACCUUAUAGUGACAGUGGCACAUGUGAAGUUAACAAUAAAUCAAUUUAUUUCUAUUGUUGGUGUUAUGUUUGUGUAUUCAGUGAGUAAAAAUCACCAACCAGA